GCGCAGACGCUUUUGUCGUGUUCACCCGUGGCCGCCGAUCGUGUCAUUGCUGAUUGUGCGAGAGUAGUGCUUAAAGUAGUUUGCAGUACUCGGGUAGAGAGAAAGCCAUGGGGCUCGCGAGGGCGGCCGUCUUCGCCGGCUGUCUCCUCUUCCUGGCGGUCGUCGCCUCAGGCAGUAAAUGUACAGUCGGCUGCCAUGGAUUACACGGAGGUAAAGCCUAUCAGGAAGGACACACAUAUAUAUACGAUUUGGAAGGAACAUCUGUAACGUCAGUUCCCGAUGCUCAGGGUGAUGCUACCUUGAAGCUGAAGGGUACUGUUGAACUGUCAGUGAAGCCUGACUGCAUUCGACAGGUCCGAUUGAAGGGCGUAUUAAUCAAUGGAGCCCCAAUAUUGCUGGCAGAUAUUGAAAAGUAUGCAUUACAAUUCAAUUAUCACGAUGGUCAUAUCGAUACCGAGGUCUGUGCCGAACCCGGUGACUCACAGACGUCUCUCAACAUCAAGAGAGCUGUCACUUCUUUAUUCCAAUCAGCUAUUAUACAAGAAUCUGGCUCUACGACUCAUCACGAGGUCGACGUGCUCGGUGGUUGUCCAACUGAUUUUUCUUUCCACAAAGAUGGCGAUUCGCUAGUCAUUCAGAAGGAGAGGGACCUGAUCCGUUGCUCCCAUCGCGAAAGUAUCAGAUAUGGUCCCGUGUCCGCGGUCUAUGACCAGAAAUCCGAAAUCCAAUCGGCCCCGUUGCUGUCAGCGCAUCAGAGAAUCGAGCAACGUUUCAAGCGCGGUAUCCUGAACAAAGCGACUUCAGUCGAGUCAUACAAAUUGAAACCGUGGAGCAACGGAGACGUCAGCGCUAAGACGGUCGUGCAAACCACUUUGACGCUCAAAGGUGAGAAGGGCGACAGCCCUAAUGCUCCGGUUUCCCUGCCAAAGUCGCUGAUCUUCGAAGCACCGCAUCCCGUCACCAAAUCUUCGGCCGACAACAUCGCCGCAGCCGUGAAGGCAGUGAGUGCCGAAGAGCACAACGGUGUGAAGCAUGACGCGGCGGAAAAGUUUGGAAAGCUCGUUAAAGUCCUUCGUCUCAGCAGCAAAAAAGACAUUAUCUCGACCUACCAAAAAGUGAAAAAUGGCAACGGUUUCGACAAGGUCCUAGACAAGAAAAUUUUCCUGGAUGCUCUCUUCCGCACUGGAAGCGGCGAAGCCGCGGAAGUGGCCGUAGACCUAUUAAAGAGUCACGAAUUGACUGGCGUUCAGGCGCUCGUGUUCUAUGCGAGUCUUACUCUGGUCAGUCAUGUAAACCUACCAUCGGUGACCGCCGUCACUUCUCUUCUUGAUCAGCCAAACUUACCGCGUCUUGGCUAUCUCGGAGUCGGUCAAGUAAUUGGCAAAUACUGCCAGGAGCAUACUUGCGAGAAUGUAGCCGAAGUCAAACAAGCUAUUCACAAAAUCCGCGAAAAAGUCGGCAACGGAAAAGCAAAGACCAGAGAACAGGAGAAUGUCAUAGUGUCGGCUUUGAAGGCAUUAGGUAACAGCAGAUUUCUCGACGAUGCCACUCUACAGAAAUUAGUCGGCAUUGCUGAGGAUAAGAACGUGCGCAAUAGAGUCAGGGUAGCCGCGAUCGAGACUUUGCCUACUCGCUGUUCCAUGAAAUGGAAAAAUCCUCUUUUGAAGGUUCUGGGCGAUCUCGAAGAAGAUAGCGAGAUCAGGAUCAAAUCUUAUCUGUCUUUGGUCGCCUGUCCCUGCUCUCAUGUCGCCAGUGGUGUCAAGGAAGCUUUGGAUAAAGAAACGAUCUAUCAGGUCGGAUCCUUCAUCCAGAGUCAUUUGAGGCAUUUACGAGCGUCUGCCGAUCCGAACAAAGCCGAAGCGAAGAGGCAUCUCGGUCAGAUCAAGCCACGAACCAAAUUUCCGAUAGAUAUCUUCAAAUAUUCCUUCAACGAUGAAUUCUCAUAUAAUUUUGGUGGAAUCGGACUCGGAGAAUCCGUAGAGAGCAACGUUAUCUACAGUCAGAAUAGUUUCGUACCACGCUCCAUCAGUCUAAACUUAACUAAUGAGAUAUUCGGAAGAUCCUUCAACUUCCUAGAGCUCAAUACACGUGUCGAGAAUCUUGAUAGAUUGAUCGAGCAUUACUUUGGACCCAAGGGCCGCUUGACGCAGGACGAAGUGGACGACUUGGUUGACAAGGGAGUGGACAAGACAGAGAACAUCAUUAAGUACAUCCAAGAGAAAGUUAGCAAAAUGCGCAGCAAACGUGAAGUUAAGCAGGGAGAACUCGACAAAUUCGCCAAGGGUGUGAAAUUAAGAAACAACGAGGUAGACCAGCAACUCGACAUUGAUUUAUCAGUCAAACUGUUUGGCGUCGAACUAGCCUAUUUGAAUUACGACGGUAAUCCAUCGCAGUUCACACCGGAGCACAUUAUCGACAAGUUAUUUGACAUCUUUGAGAAUGGGAUCAACAAGCUAAAGACAUUUGAUUACAAUUUACAAAAUCACAUGCAGUUCCUUGAUGCAGAAGUAGUCUAUCCUACAAAUCUGGGUAUGGCUCUUUCUCUCGGCGUAAUUGGCACCAGCGUGGUCAACUUGAAAACGUAUGGUAAGAUAGAUAUUCCGGCUAUCCUAAAGGAUCCGAAAAACGCCAAUAUAGACUUUGGCUUGAGACCCAGUGCGUCCAUUCGUGUUGCUGCUAAUAUGGUCGUGAAAGGAUUCGAUAUAGAGUCUGGUUUGAAGCUCGUUAGCACGCUGCACACUGAUACGGCAACCGACUUUAAGGUGAAACUAUUGGACGGCAAAGGUAUUGAUAUAGUUAUUGGUACGCCGUCGAAAAAAGAUGUGCUCAUAGACUAUAGUACUGAAGUUCUGUUGAGUGCUGGCGAUACAUACAGAGCUCCUAAAUUCAGCAAGAGUAAGGUAUAUAAAGACUGUUUCGAACAGUUGUCUACUAUUCUGGGUGUAACGGUUUGUGGCCACGUUGAAUUCCCCUAUGACGGCAUUGACUCGAUUCAGAAGAGAGCAUUAUUCCCCCUUAACGGUCCGUCAAAGUUCUUCUUUGAUUGGGAAAACACUGAUCUAUCUGCUGUCCAUCUCAAGAUCUAUUAUGACGAUUCGCCCAAAUCUAAAUCGUUUGAAAUCUUACUAGAGACGCCGAACAGCAAAACCAGCAGACGCAUGUCUUUCACUGGUGAAGCCGCUCUCGAGCCCAACAAGCACGCUAAACUGGCUUUUGAUUCUCCCUUCAAAAAAGCCUCCAUCGAAGCGAUAAUAAAGGAAGAAGCUAAGGAGCACUCGCUUACGCUCGUCUUACACAAUGAUAACCAAGAAUAUUAUGGGCGCGCCGGAAUCUUGGCCGAUGGAUCCAAGUACAAACCCAUCUUAGAAUACAAGGUACCAGAACAUAUUGAGAAGUUGGCUGGCACCAAGUCCGUAAAGUCUGGUCAGCAGUAUGAGGUGCAAGGUACCGUAGAGAUGGCCGAUCACGAUGGCGGCAAAAAAUACAUAUUUGACAACGUGGCUCUCGUCACGAGUGGUCAGAAACUUGUCGGUCUCGACGGUUACGUUCACUCUGCAGAUGACGUCGCCGACUUGGACAUGAAGGUGAAUUACGGCGAGGAAUCCAUCGCUCUCAAGUUGAAAGGACAGAAGAAGAAAGAUGAUCAUUACUCGGUCAUCGUUUCGGCAUUGCCAUCGAAAGAUCCUAAUAUUGGAUUCAAUAUCAAGUCCGAAUUCCAAAGGCAAGCAACCGCGUACAAGUACAAUCUGAUCUUCAUUCACGGUCCGGAUCAGAACUCCGAAGUAAACCGUUUCAGCCUCGAUCAUCACGGUAUCAUCAAACCAAACAUGAAUGGAGUAAACUUCCACUUCGGUAGCUCCACCAAGAUCACGUAUCCCGCCGCAAAAUUAAACCUAGAAUUCGAAGAAAAAUUCAGACCCAAUUCCGUCGGAGGCAAGAUCGUAAUCGGUUAUGAUAAAUUUAAGUUUGGCUCCAAAUUGUCUGGCGAGAUAAACAAAGAGAAACCAGGUGAUUAUGAGGUCGAAUUCGAAGCCGAGCUUUUGCAGAAUGGCAUCAAAUUAGAGUCCAAACGUACGAUUAUUGAUGCGCACAAGAGCAAGUACAAGAACAAGCUCGAGCUCAUACCGGGAGGUAAAUACGAGGCCGAUGCACUAAUCACGUACAAUCACGACAAGAAUAACAAAAACUUUAACUUUGAGUUAGACAGCGACCUGAAGUUGGACAACAAAAAAAUUAAAGUUUUCAGCAAUUUGCACGUCAACCAUCCCAAUAGUGUCCAGUCACAAGCGUACGUCAUUGUCAGCGACGUCAAGUACAUCAACUUCCUGUUGAAGCUACAGAAACAAGGCAAUCCUCAAGGUACUUUAACUUUGAACGUGAAGAACUAUUUGAACGCUGAAGGGCAGCUGUCGUACCAAAACGGUAAAGGUAAGACGCAUCUCAACAUUGAUUUGCCAAAGAUCAACCGAAAGAUCAAAGGAACUGGUGACUUCACGGUAAGUGGCUCGCAACACAAUGGCGAUUUUGAACUUUUAUUCGAUGCGGAAAAGGACCCGAACAAACGCAUUAAAUUAUCCACUGUAAACGACAUAAAGAAGAACGCCAUCGACACAAAGAACGUGAUCGAAAUAUCGAAUCACAAGUUCGUAGUAAACGGCAAGGGCAAGUUGGAUGGCACCACAGACAACGGCGAUCUAGCUGUCGAAGGAGAUAUUACUCUACCAAACGGCCGUUAUCUGACUGGUAAUAUCAAGAGAUCGUCCAAGAAGGACAACAACAACAAAUACACCGUCCACGUAAGCGGCGAGUUAGAAGAUCACGAAUCUAAGGGCGGCAAAUCGCGAAAACUCACGUACGUUGGAGACGCUAACAACGUUGAUUUCAAAACCUAUACAUGCGUGACCCACUCGAACCUGAAAGCCGUCAACUACGAUGGCAAUCAUAUAGAACUCGAUUUGAAACUCAAGAAUCUUAUCGACACCGAUGGCCACAAGAAAGUGGAAGGAGUCGCUAUAAACCUGUCGGAAUCACAUAUGUCGCAACCGUUCACUCUAGAAUACGAAGGUACUGAGGACGAUAAUGAGGCAGAAUCCUACAAACUUGAAUCUUCUUAUGGCAAAGACUUCCACCUGAAGAGUGGCGAAAAGUAUGUUCCCGGCAGUGGUGACAAGCCGUGCUCGUACAAAGGCACCACAGAACUGGCAUGGAUAUUGCCGUCAAAGAAGUUGCGUAACAUCAAGCUUAAGACCAUGCACGACCUGUUGAUUCGCGACCAACAUUCUAAGAGCGAUGUUAAUGAUCUGAAGGGACACGUGGAACUUAUUUACAACGAUGACAAAACAAUCAAGGUCGGAGGUUCCUUAAAGACCCAGGGAAUUGAAGACGGCGAGCAUCCUUACGAUUGCGAGAUGGCACUCAAUCUGAUCACUCCCAACACUCCGCCUCUCAGUUACCAGGAUCAUUUCACGUACAAACCCGACGGCAACAAAGUGACGAUUACUACUAAGUCGAUCAUCAAGUACGACCAGAAGGAGAUAACCCUCGCGAUCAAUCCCCUUACGUAUGAUUAUGAUUUGACGCACAUUGACGUAAAAGCCCACGCUACCACUCCAUUCGAGAAGAUGCAUAACGUCGACCUUGAACUCAAGCACGAGAGAGAAAAAGACGGGCAUGUAAGGAAAACCGACGCAGCCUUGACCUUUGACGGUCAAGCGAAGUACACGCUCAACAGCGAAAUUCGAGAAAGCGAGACCUCCCCGAUGAUGCACAUAAUUUUCAUCUGCCCGGCAGGAAAAACCGAGCUGCUCUCGAAAUACAACAAACUUGGCGACCAUGAAUACACAGGCGAAUGGAAAAUCGACACGCCAAAAGGCUUCGCCGUUGCCGACGCGCACGUUAAUUUAGAGAGCAUCGACAAUUUCAUCAUUAACGCUAAUUUAGAUAGCGACAAGCUCAAGCACCGUAAGAUUCAUGCCGAAAUCGCUAACAGUCCCACCGCCAAAACCGGCAGACGGAUAUUGAUCACCGUCACCAGCGAUGGUAAAAACAUCGUGACCGGAAGCACAAACUACAAGAAGCGCGACGAGGCCGGUAAAAUCACCGUCGAGGGAAGCGGCAAUCUCAAGAUAGGCGAGGACACGAGGAGCUCCUCCUUCAAGUAUACUCGCCAGCAAUUGACUCGCGAGAAGGACGGCGAAACCGGUACGGUAAUCGUCCUGAACGCCAAGUUCGAUCCGGCGGCCGUCGUGGGCGAGCUUAAGCUUUCGAACAAGGAGCUCCUCGUUUUCAACAGCUACUGCGAGCAGAGCAAGGACUGCGCUCAUUUCAAGCUCCAGUCGGGCUACGACUCCGACAACAAGAAUUAUCUGAAUCACGAUUUAACGGUGGAAGUAGACCUGAAGAAAUUCAACGUGCCAGUUGAAUUUGGAUUGAAAACAAACACCGAAACCAAUUUCAAGGAAUCCAAGUAUGAUCACUCUGCCAACUUGUACUUACACUCGUCGAAGGACAAAUCCCAGUAUUCCUACAGAGUUUACGCUCAUCCCAAGGAAAGCGCUGCCAUUUUGACUUUGCCCAAUCGCGAACUAGCUAUCAUUGGCACAUUCGACUUGCCCAAAACGAAGCAAACCGGAGCAUUCAAGGUCGAUGUCUCCGUUUACUUAGACAGGAAGAACAAGCCGUCCGAGAAGAGCGGUGUGAUCGCCACCGGUGAUAUGAACAUUGAGAAGAACAGCGGAUCCGUCAGCGGAGAGCUCAAAUUCAUAUAUCCGUCUCAGCCGAAGGAUAUGACACUGAAAGGAAAGCUUCACUAUGGCGGCGAACACCUGCUGGACGCGAACGUGGAUAUCGAUGUCUUCGCCAAGAAAACGCAAAAGAUCAAUAUCGUGGCGAAACUAAACCGACAGGAUAUCGAGAAAGGUCACAAUCUCACCAGUGUAAUCGAAGUGAACAGUCGUGGGCAACAACUCAAAGUCGACCUGAAAUCGCAUUUCGCGAUCGGGGAGGACAAAUUAGGUUUCGGCAGCAUACUGUCGUACACAGACAUCAAUCAGAAACCGAAGAGCGUGGGCAUUCUGUUCGAUACGGAUGAAACGCAGCUGUAUUUCCUUGUAACCGGACAUAAUAAAGAACUCCUUAAAGUCGACUCGAAACUGCAUUUACAGAAAAACGUGCAAAAGCUUGAUACGGAAAUCGUUAUUGUUGGCAAAUCAUUUAUGACGACACUCGAAGCGCAUGAUUGGAACAGCUUUACUUACACGGAAUACAACAAAGAUAAUCCUAAUACGAAGAUCAAUAUCAAUGGACGCGUUGUGCUCGGACAACUGGCCGAGAUUCAUGCCGAUGGUUACAAGGAUGGAACGAAGAAGCAUCUUUUCCACGCUUUGAUCCACCUUGAUGAAGAGAAGUUCCUGAAACCUGAUUUCGGCUACGAGAAGGACAAUAUUGGCUACGCGGUGGAUUAUUAUCGAAAAGAAAGCAUCGAGUUACUGAAACAGCUCAAGGACACUGUCACCGAGAUAAGUGACGAAGUGGAAAGAGAAUUAAAAGAUCUUGUGGAACAUCUGAAGAAGUCCCAGCCGAACAUCAAGCCGCUCUUGGACUAUUACGAGGCCGAAUUGAAUAAACUGAAGAACGAGCUCCACGCUGACCAGACCAUUAAAGACAUACAUACUACCUUCAACAAAUACUUCGGGGCUAUUAUCGCGGCCGUAGCGGAUACCAUGAAGGAAGUAACCGCGCGAUUAAGCGAGCUUCAGAAAGAGUACAAUGAAAUAGUCUCCAGGAUCGAAGAGGCAUGGAAGACAAUUUAUCCUCAAUUAAAAGAAUCCUACCAUAAGAUAGCCGAUGUAUAUAUCAAGUUCGUCGAUAGCGUCGCCAAUGUUUUGACAGUCUACCUCAAGACGAUACUCGUCCUGAUUAAUGAACAUCAGAAGGAGCUGAAGGAAUUAGCGGUCGUGGCUUCAGAGUUAACUCGGGACAUUGCGAAGAUCAUAUUGAAGGCCGUCAGUCAAAUCAAGAAAGACGUCGACGAAUUCAUCGUCCUGUUGAAGAAUCAAAUGAAAGCGUUACCGAUCUUCGAGAUGGCAAAGGAGCAGUACCAGGAUCUCAUAAAUCUUGAAAUUCCUGAAACCGUCUUGGGCUCCAUCCAUGACCUCAGCGAAGCUAUAAAGCCCAUGCUACCGACUAACGAAGUUCGACAGCUCUUCACCGCUACUUAUGAAUACAUCAUGAAGCACGUCAAACACGAGAAAGUCGAUGAUAACCACGAGAUCAAGAAGAUCUACGAUUACACGAUCGACGCCGUUGCGUCUCUCGUCAAGCUUAUCGGAUCCAGCGACACUGUGCACAACCUGGUAGAGGAAUUGUUCGAAGCUCAACUUCCGGUUGAGUUUGAAAUGUUAGCGAAGUUGCCAGCGAUCACCUCGUUCAAAGUGUCCCUCUUAGAUCAGAUACGCAAUAACGAAUUACCAUCGCUCACGGAUCUCUUCUACACUUACUUCUUCGUACCUUACAGGGCGAUUGUUAGUUCAGAAGUUGUGCCUCCCUACACCAAAGUCGGUAUCGUCACCGAUGGAGGACAUAUCUUCAGCUUUGACGGCAAUCAUUUGGAUAUGCCCGGCGAUUGCACCUACGUAUUGGCCCAGGACAUGCUGGACGGCAAUUUCUCUGUCGUGGCCAACUUCAACAAAGGAAAUCUCGUUAGCGUGACCGUUACGGAGCCUAAAGAGAGCAUCACGAUGAAGCACAAUGGCAACAUUCUGGUCAAUAAUAAGCCGGCCGAUUUCCCUGCCAGCACGAAGAAUCUGCACGCGUUCCUCUCUUCCGCCAUGAACGUCAAGUCAGAUUACGGUCUGUACGUUAUAUGCCGUUACAAACAACCCUUCCUUUGCAUAAUCACCGUGUCUGACUUUUAUCACGGAAGAUUACGCGGUCUUCUCGGUGAUGCCAACAACGAGCCUUAUGACGAUUACACGUUACCCUCUGGAAAGAUUACCGAGAGCGAGACUGAAUUUGCUAACGGAUACAAACUGAAGCCCGAUUGCCCGGCUGUGAACGCGAUCGAUCACAAGACGAAGCAACGCCAGCAAGUCUGCACCGACUAUUUCUCCGGCGAGAAGUCUGAUUUGAAAAACUGCUUCAACUUUGUUAAUCCGACUCAUUACCGAGACGCUUGUGACACUGCAGCUAGCGGAAAUCCGCAAGCUCCUUGCCUGCUCGCCACCGGGUAUUACGUUACUUGUCUUUUUAGAGGUGUUUUCGGAGUAAGCGUUCCAUCAGCUUGCGCAAGUUGCAAAGUUGGCGAGAACACCGUUGCCGUUGGUGAUACAUUCAGUGUCAAAAGCCCGAAGAAUCAAGCCGAUAUUGUCCUGGUAGUCGAGCAAGUUGAGAACAAUGAGAAAGUUUUUAAAGAUCUGCUUCCGCAAUUGAUAACCGACCUGAGAGAGGAAUUAAAACAACACGGCAUUACGGACGUUCACAUUGGUUUAGUCGGUUUCGCCGAGCACAUGGAAUAUCCUAGGCACUACACCACCAACGGUAAUACUAACAUCGAUGGCGAAGUGAAGAAUAUGAAAUUCAAGAAGCCAGAGCCGAUUCUUACUUUCGAGGAGGCCAAGAAAGGUGAUUAUGAGAAGCAAUGGAAAUACCUUGAACAAAGAUUAAAUCUGGAGUUUGGCACCUUCAAAUUGACCGAUGCCUACGAGGAAGCUAUUAAGUAUCCGUACAGACCUGGCGCGGUCAAGGCUGUCGUUGCAAUCUUUGGUACUCCAUGUGAGAAGAGUCCAUUGCCAAUAUCGUUGCAACAAUUGAGGCUUUUGCUAGGACAGAAGCUAUACCGAGAUUUAGGACUGACCUAUUAUCAAGUUUAUGCUAGUGACAUCCAGAUCUCCGGCAAAGUGCAAAAGAACAUUGUUGGUUACGAUAGCGAUAGUGUAUACGUGUUCGGCGACAGCAAGAAGAAGCCACUGGUUGGAAGCACUGACCUUAAAAAUAACAUGGUCGUACCUGGUCCGGUUGACGUGUGUGCCGACUUUGCUAUCGCGUCUGGCGGAGCGGCGUUCAGUUCCAACAACUUCAUCGACGCUAAACCAAAUCAGAAGAGACAGUUCUCUCAGGUUGUUGCCAGAAGGAUCGUCGAGGACGUCACGAGCGUCGAAAUCGAACAAGAUUGCGUGUGCGACAAAAUCCACGGAUUUGGACAUUCUCACUGUAAGAUCGUUGGACGCAAGGAGAAGGAACAACUCGAAAGACACACGAAAGGAGGAGUGAAGGGUUGAAGAAGCCACAGUACUAUGCAUACUAUUACUAAUUAAUUUAGAUGUAAUCUAUUUGUUACUUUGUUACAAUAUCGUAAAAGCCCUUUUGAUAGAAUGAUAAGUGAUAUAAUUGCGUCAUUCGUGGUCGGUAUCGCCGAUCUUCCAUCGAUCGAAAAGAAUGUCGGAGGUAAGACUCGAAUUGUGUCUCACAACUGCAUUCGUUUUUUUUUUUUAGAUCUAAUAUAAACAUAUAAAUGCAAAUUAAUGCGAAUGCAAUAAAUUGAUGUAUCAUUUAUCAAUGUACAAUCAGCGAUGUUUUACAGAGAAAAAUAAACAUUGGCACAUACUGUGUUUGUGUGUAAUGAAAA